AUGGCGGGACGGGCGUCGAGCAUCGACAGCGUCUCGACCGCAUCCGACGCGACGGUCGAGGAAUGGGAGGAUGGCAACGUGAAUCAGACCCUAUUUGAUGCAGACACAGAGGCUAUUCCGCUGCGCACAUUUGGCGGGCAACCAGACGACGCCGGGCGGCGGACGUGGCCCCAGCGAGGGUACAAGCGGUACCUUCCCCACGACCGCGCGAGCCUCUGUAUUCUAAUUGGCGUGACGGCGCUCAUCAUUAGCGUCGUGCUCCUCAUGCCAUGGCUCGCAGGGUCUAGCGAAAGGCGCAUUCCUAAGCAUGCCGGAAAUGCAACGUCGGCACCCGGCAAUGUGACCAGCACGCUGCUUUCUCUUUCCUCUGUUUUGGACACCACUAGUUCGCUGGCGGUGCCGGGCGCGCCGGGCGCGCCGAGCGCGGCUUCGCCUGCGUGA